ACUGUAAAUAUCCCCUCCAACCAUACCCUUUGAUGUCAUUUCAUUCACUCAUUCAUUAUAUAGUUCUCUCAUAAACACAUAAAACACAAACACAUAGAGAAAAUAAAUAAACAAAUAAAUAAAUCCAAAAAAAAAACAAUGGAAGGAGGAGGAAUGUUAUCAUCAUCAUCAUCAUCACCACAUUCUCAAAACUAUAUCUACAGAGAGUGUUUAAGAAACCAUGCAGCCAGCCUCGGCAGCUACGCUACCGACGGCUGCGGCGAAUUCACCGUGGACGACACUUCAGUAUCAGCAGUCAACAGCCUCCAAUGUGCAGCCUGUGGCUGCCACCGGAACUUCCAUCGCAAGAUAACUGCGACGAUGGUGAGAGAUAAUGUGAACGCCAUCGUCGCAAUGUCAGAUCAGGUGAUGGAAUAUUCCGGUGGUGGUGGUGGAGGAGAUGGGAGGAGGAAGAGGUAUAGGUCGAAGUUUACGGCGGAUCAGAAGGAGAAGAUGCUGGGGUUUGCGGAGAAGCUGGGGUGGAAGUUGCAGAGGAAGGAACUUGAUGAGGAAAUUGAAAGGUUUUGUGAAAGUGUUGGGGUGAGUAGACAGGUUUUUAAGGUUUGGAUGCAUAAUCAUAAGAAUUCUUGUUUCUCUAAUUCUUCUGAUCCUUCUGCUGGUAAUGCUAAUUCUUCUCUUACUCAGUAGUUGUGUGUGAAGGAAUUUCAGAAAAUUAAUGUAGUAUUUUUCAUCUUUUAAUUAUUGCUUUAUUUUGUUUUUUUUU